AUGCGUUUGCUCAGCUUAGCCGCUCUAGGUAUAGCAUCAACCAUUCAAGCAAAACAUUUGCAGGAUGUUUUCACACCUAAAGACAUGCUGUCGACUCCUCGACCUCAACCCGCUAUAGCUUCACCUGAUGGAACUCAUGCUGUAUCAGUGGUAAACCAGUGGGAGCCUAAGACGGACUCUACGAAUCGUUCAAUUUACCUUCUUGCUUUGAAUACGACUUUGACCGUUCCUCCUAUCUCUCUUCUGAACACUACAGCUAACCAAGCGUCUCAAUUCCUUUGGCUCGAUUCCUCUACCCUAGCUUAUAUCAACGGAUCAUCGCUAUGCUCCUUAACGAUCAACUACACCGUUGGCAGUCUGCCAGGGACACCACUAGCUCGGCCAGAAGAGAUCCUUACCUUCCCUGAUGGAGUGGAUCCCACCGCACUUCGAUUCGAGCCUAAAGGUGGAUUGCUUGCCUUCUCAGGCAAAGUUUGGAAGCAUUCUGGGGACUUUGAGGCGACUGGAUCAUUCGAUAAACAGUGGGAAAGCCGCGGUGACUCCGCUUUGGUUUACGAUGACUUGUUUGUCAGGCAUUGGGACGAGUGGAGAAUCCCAGGUAGGGUCUGGACUGUAGGUCUGACCCGGUUGAGCAACAAAGCUGGAGUAUGGGGUAUUUUCCCAGAUUUACGAAGACCACAAUUUGUCAAUCUUCUGAACGAUACCGGACUAUACUCUCAAAUGGACCCAAUCACAUCAUUCGCCCUUACUCCUCAUACACUCGCAGCAGCAAUCAAAACCCCUCAUAUCAACGUUGCAACUCACACCAGGGAAGAUAUUUUCGUUCUUGCACUUACGGGACAUUCUGCUUCAUCCUCGCCCAAGCAUCUUACUCCACACGCUCAUGGUUCUAUCUCGUCGUUGGCAUUUUCUCCUGAUGGCAGCAAACUGGCUUGGCUUGAGAUGGGAAAAGAUGGUUAUGAGAGUGAUAAGAGAGUCAUCGUAGUUCAUGAAGAGGGGAAAGGGAACCAACGUUGGACGGAUGAAUGGGAUAGAAGUCCCAGCAGCUUGACUUGGUCUCUGGAUUCGCAAUCGCUCUACUUCACUGCGGAACACCAUGGUCGAAUUCUGCCUUAUCAUCUGACGCAUCCUGGUCAUCUCCCUACUCCUCUUCUUUUCAACGGAUCCACGACUUCAAUCACCCCAUUGACAGUACGCUCAAUACUCAUCUCUCAACAAUCACUUACUUCCCCAUCGGAUGACUUCAUUCUUACCCUUCCCAGCCCAAAGAAGAGACUCGGCAUGCCAGAGCUCGCUUCCGAAGAAGGCGACAAAGAUGGAGACAAGUUGCCUCAUGACUCUCUAAGGCGAUUGACUGCUUGGUCUGCCAAAUCUCUCGGAGACAGAUUGGAGGGUCUUGAAGGAGAAGAAUUCUGGUUUGAGGGUGCUGAGGGAAAGGAAGUCAUGGGUUGGGCGCUUAAACCCCGAGGGUGGGAGGAAGGGCAGAGAAAGACUUGGCCUCUGGCUUUCUUAAUACACGGUGGUCCUCAGGGAGCAUGGGAGGAUUCGUGGUCGACGAGGUGGAACCCUGCUGUCUUUGCGUCCCAAGGCUACUUCGUAGUCGCGAUAAAUCCUACUGGUUCUACAGGAUAUGGACAGGUUUUCACUGAUGCUAUACAAGGUGAUUGGGGAGGAAAGCCUUUCAAAGAUCUCUUGGCUGGAUACCAAGCUGCUCUCGCCAAAUAUCCCGAGAUUGAUGCUGAACGUACUGCGGGUCUUGGCGCGUCUUAUGGUGGAUACAUGGUCAACUGGAUCAAUGGGCACAAUGAGCACUUUGGCUUCAAGGCUUUGGUAUGUCAUGACGGAGUAUUCGACACUGUAACUACAUACUUCUCCACCGAGGAGCUGUGGUUCCCGACCCAGGAUUUUGCUGGAACUCCUCUAAAUCAUAGAGGUAAUUACGAGAAGUGGAGUCCUGUAAACCAUGCCAUCGAGUGGACGACGCCCGAGCUUGUUAUUCAAGGUGGUAAAGACUACCGUUUGGAGAACUCGCAAGGUCUCGGCGCUUUCACUGCUCUUCAGACCCAAGGAGUACCAAGCCGGUUUGUCUACUUCCCUGAUGAGAAUCACUGGGUUCUCAAGCCGCACAAUUCUUUGCGAUGGCAUACUGAGGUCUUUAGGUGGUUGCAUGAAUGGAUUGGACCAGCAAAUGACCAUAUGGAAGAAAAUAUGGUAGAGGGAAGUGAAGGAAAUAGGUUUGUCAUUCAGGCGGAAGACACUUUUUAG